CCAUAGGCUGAAGAUUGCCAUUAGUGGGCGCGAAGGAGAGAAAGUGGCUAGCGCUGGCAGCACUGCGGUGUGUUCGUGUUUAACGCUGGUCUAUCCUCUCCUGUUUCAACCAUUCGGUUCUCGCAUUUCUCGAUCAAUGAAACUUCGGCCACAUUGCCAGUCUUCAUUCCUAUGUUUGCUUAUAUCGUUUGUGUCGUGGUGCACACUCUCGAUACAAGGCUCGACGCUCGGCCAGCGUGAUUUCACCCAGUUGACCUCCGAACAAAUUUUGGCUCUAGCGGCUGCAACGGACCCAGUCGCAAACGUAGAUACCAACAAUCCCGCUUCUCAUCUUUCUAAGAUCCUCAUACCGCGUGCUGUGGGUAGUGAAAACAUAACCGUCGUUCGUGAAUAUAUCGUGUCCACCUUGAAGGUUUUGGAUUGGCACGUCGAGGAGGACACAUUUACCGACAACACUCCUUAUGGCCCCCGUUCAUUCACCAACAUUAUCGCGACGAAAGACCCAGCCGCCUCUCGUCGUGUCAUAUUGUCUGCGCACUAUGACAGCAAGUUCUUCCCCGACUACCCAGAUAAUCAGUUCGUAGGUGCGACGGAUUCCGCAGCACCCUGCGCAAUGAUGCUCGACCUAGCAGAGACUUUAAACCCACUUCUUGACCAGCGCAAGCAACGUUUUGAGGAUGAAUAUGAAGAUGAUGAAGAUGAAGAUGUGGCAGACACAACCCUCCAACUUGUGUUUUUUGAUGGCGAGGAAGCUUUCAAAGAUUGGACUGACACAGACUCUGUGUAUGGCGCUAGACAUCUCGCGGACAAAUGGUCGACAACUUACAUAGCACCUAAUUCUAAACGACGGUUGCUCGGGCAUGCAAGUCUGACAGAGUUAUCGACUGUAGAGCACAUCAUCCUCCUUGACCUCCUCGGCGCCCCGAACCCGACAAUACGAUCCUAUUUUAUCGAUACAGCUUGGUUAUUUGAUGCCAUGAUUUCCGCCGAAACUCGGCUCAAGGAUGCUGGUGCUCUUGAUGCAGCUGAAACGUCUGCGAACUUCCGCAGUUUCUUCUUGCCUCGAACGGGCUCUGGGAAUGAAUAUAGCUACGGGUACAUCGGAGAUGAUCAUGUACCCUUUCUGAAGAAAGGUGUCAACAUUCUUCAUGUCAUCGCAUAUCCUUUCCCGCGUAUCUGGCACACUCUUGGCGAUGAUGCCUCAGCACUUGACGUAUUAACCAUGCGCCGGUGGAAUAUGAUACUACGCGUGUUCAUGUCCGAAUAUCUGAAUCUUCGGCCUGAGAUAUCACAACCAACCCCCAAGCACGAUCAUCAUCUCCAGCGUUCCGCCAGUGAAUUGUGACCAUGUUAUAGAAAUAGGUUGACCGAUCAAGACCAUACAAUUUGAUUUAUUGAUACAAGGCCAUGCUACAAACGUGUGCGAAUUACAGAGAAUGGACAAAAACUGAGAACGU